AUGAGUGCGGUCAACGGCCAGUUCGGCCAGCCUCCGCCGGCCGCAAGUGCGUGGCAGGAAUAUCGCAGUGCUGAUGGACGCGUCUAUUACUACAAUGCGAUGACCAAGGUCACGCAGUGGACGAAGCCGGAGGACAUGAUGAGUCCGGGAGAGCGCGCUCUCCUGAAUCAGCCAUGGAAGGAAUACACGGCCGAAGGAGGCAGAAAGUAUUGGUACAACACAGAGACGAAACAGAGCUCGUGGGAGAUGCCAGAGGCCUACAGAAAGGCUCUGGGACCGGCGACGACGCCGACGACGCCAGCAACGCCUGUUUCCAUUCCGACUGGGCCUGCAGCAGGAUAUGGUGGUGGCGACAACAAUCACGACCACGGUCAUGGCCACGGCCACGGCUAUGGACAGCGUGACCUGCGCGACGGCGCAGUGCCCGAGUCACGCCAGCUGGCCUACAGCAGCUUCAGCGAUCAACAGCAGCAGCAGCAGCAACGGGCGGCAGCGCUGGUGCCGACCGGCGGCGAGGCCGAGCCGCAGACAGAGCAGGCGAGCGCAGAGGAGGCCGAAGCAACAUUUGUCAAGGCGCUGCGGCGCAACGGGGUGCAGCCGGAGUGGACGUGGGAGCAGACGCUGCGAGCGAUCGUGCGCGACCCGCAGUACCGGGCGAUCCAAGACCCACGCGACCGCAAGGCAGCCUUUGAGCGGUACUGCCAGGACGUGGUGGCACAGGACAAGGAGCGGGCCCGCGAGAGGCUGAACAAGCUACGUGCCGACUUUGCAACGAUGCUGAAGAGCCACCCCGAGAUCGGGCACUAUACUCACUGGCGGACAGCGCGGCCGAUGAUCGAGGGCGAGACCAUCUUCCGGUCGACGAGCAGCGAGAGCGAGCGGCGGCAGCUGUUUGACGACUAUGUGGCCGACCUACGGCGCAGCCACCGGGAACAGCGGGCGGCGGCACGCAAGACGGCCAUGGACGGACUCGUCGAACUGCUGCCGCAGCUGCACCUGGAGCCCUAUACGCGCUGGGCCGAUGCGCGGCCGCUGAUCGAGGCGGCACCACUGGUGCAGAAGCACCUGCACCCCGGGGACGAGGGCGAGGGCGAGGGCGAGGGCGAGGGCGUUGACAGGUACCCAUCCAUCAGCCAGUAUGACGUCCUGACCGUGUUCCAAAACCACAUCAAGGGGCUCGAGCGCACCUUGAACGACCAGAAGCAGGAGGAGAAGCAGCAGAAGCAGCGGGUCGAGCGCAAGAACCGCGAGGCCUUUGUCGCCCUGCUUGGCGACCUCAGGAGGGACGGCAAGAUCAAGGCCGGCAGCAAGUGGUCCAACAUCUUUCCCCUCCUCGAGACCGACGAGCGCUACCGCGCCAUGGUCGGCCAGAGCGGCUCCUCGCCUCAGGAGCUCUUCUGGGAUCUCGUCGACGAGGAGCAGCGCGCUCUUCGUGGCACGCGCAACGACGUCGAGGAUGUCAUUGAUCUGCAAGAGAAGAAGAAAGAGAAACGGUCGGACGAGGACCGCCAGGCCGAGCGGCAGCAGCGCCGCGCCCUCGACGAGUUCCGCGCGUUCCUGAAGCGAAUGCACCCGGCGCUCACCGCCAGCGAUACAUACGAGAAGGUGAAGCCCCGUCUCCAAAAGGCUGAAGAAUACCAGGCGGUCAGCUCGGAAGAAGCGCGACAGGGCGCCGUCGAGAAGUACCUCCGCCGUCUGCACGACAAGGAGGAAGAGGCCGAUCGGGACCGACAGCGACGGCGCGAUCGGGUCGAGGAACGAGGCAGCACCUCGCACCGCGACCGAGACAGAGGUGAGCGACCGCCCCGCAGUGCAGCUGGAGCCGGAACUGGAGCCGGAGCCGGAGCAGUGCCCCGGACAGGUGGCAGGUCACGGUCACCAGAGACAGACAUGUACGAAGCAGACCGGCGUCGAGCGAUGGCUGAGCGGGAGCGAAACCACCGGAAGCCGAGCGUCUCGGAGGGCGUCAACGACGAUCGCCGAUCGGUCGACUCGCGUGAGUAUCGAGACCGUGAUCGAGACCGGGAUCGGGAGCGGGAGCGAGACCGGGUCCGAGAACGAGAACGGGACCGAGACCGGGAACGAGACCGAGACCGAUUCCGGGACCGAGAUCGUGAACGGGAUCGUGAACGGGAUCGCGAUCGGGAACGAGACCGGGAACGAGACCGGGGAGGACGGGAUCGUAGCGAACGGCCCCGAGACCGAGACCGGGACCGGGAUCGCGAUCAGCGGGACCGCGUGCGUGAUGACGAUGAUCGGCCGCCUCGCAUGUCACGACGGGACGAGAGCCACUACGACCGCGAGCGACGGGACCGCGAAGAAGAGCGGGAGCGCCAGUAUCGUCGGCGCGUGGCUGAACGCAACCCGGACGAGCUCAACUACGGCGACGAGAAGCCGCCGUCGGUGCGUCGUCGCCGCGAGGAAGACGACGCCGACAGGCGCGACUCGCGCGAUUCAAAGACGCGAUUCUCCUCGUGA